AUGGGCUGGGUCUACAAUCUGACCGUCCCUGAUCCCCACAGUCAAGUCUCUCGCGUCAUUGCCAUCUGUCUCGUUUUCUCGAUUACGGCUUGUUUGGCGGUCUUCUUGAGAUUGUAUAUUCGCAUUCAUACGAAGAGGUCCGCCUGGUUGGAUGAUUUCGCGGCGCUAUGGAGUGCCUUGCUGGCGAUGACGUAUGCUGGGAUUGCUGUUGCGCAAACAAGAUGGGGUCUAGGUCUAGAUGCGAAAUACUUCCCUGAUCAAAAUGUGGUCAUGUUCAGCAAGAUCCAAUACGCCGGUGGCCCCGUCUACACGCUUGCAUUACUCGGAUUCAAAGUCUCCCUGCUGUCAUCGUACCUGCGCAUCGGGGGCUUCGUGCAGGCGUAUCGCGUGACGAUCAUCGUGGCUAUUGUGGCGGUGACGUGCAAUCAGUUGGUGUUUACUUUCUUGCUGUUGUUUGCUUGUAAUCCGGUUGCUCGUCAAUGGGAUACCAGUCUCCCUGGAUCAUGCAUAGAUACAGUAGCGUCUUAUUAUGCUCUCGCAGGAACCAGUCUCGGCUUCGACAUAAUCAUAAUCGCCCUGCCCCUCCCCGUCCUACUCACUCUCCAAUUGCGUUUUCGCCAGAAGAUAGCCCUCGUCGGCGUCUUCGCCCUCGGCUUCUUCAUAACAAUAAUCCAAAUUAUCCGGAUUUUCACAAUCAAGAACCUAAAGACCUACACAGAUAGCCAACCCAUCGUCAUCUGGUCGGAUGUGGAAAUCAGUUUGGGCGUAAUAAUAACCUGCAUCCCAACCUACGGCCCGUUCUUCCACGCCUUCGCGUCCACCCUAUCGUCCAGCUACAACAACAACCGCACACAUACCACCAAUAACACGUACAAUAACCCACAUAAUACCUACGCUACGCUGACGUAUAUGACGUCGCCGACGACAACGACGAGUACGUCGUAUCCGCUACGCAAGAUGCAGACACGGAAUACCACUGCUAGUUCGAUAGUCACCAACAAUGGGGGGCGGAAGAAGAGUCGUGAUCUGGUAGAUGCGAGUUUGGAUGAGGUCGCGCGGGGCUUG